UAUAGGCCAGAGUUGUAGACAACUACAAUUUACAUAACAAGGAAAAGACUAGAAUCCGGUCCACAGAAAAAUCUAUGGAAUUAGGCAAAAGUUACCCAUCUACUAAACAGGACCUCUCAUCUAUAAUUAGGCUUUAAAUCCCAAUUACCCCAUCUACUAAUUAGAACCUCUCAUCCCCCCAUACUCUCUUAAACCCCCAUUAAGGCAAUAACAAAACAAACACACCACCUCUCUCAACUACCUUAACCAACCGCCUAACCCCCCCAACCCUACCCCAUCGAUUCAAUUUUACCUAUCUAUCCAUCCCAUUCCCAUCCAUCAAAUCCCCUCUCUCUCUCUCUCUCUCUCUCUCUCUGGAAAGCUCCCCAAAGCUUUGUAGAGCUUUCAAAUUUCAAUCACGAAGGCCUUCGCUUUAAGCAAGCAAAACCCUGAAAACAAAAUAAAUCCCCCAAAAAAUAAAAUUAAAAAACAGAGAGAAACCCAGUUCAUAUCCCUCCCUCUUUCUUCAACCCAAGUCAUAAAGUUUCAAUUUUCUCUCACCUCUUCAUCUGGGUCUUCCUACAAUCCAACUUCUUCUGAUCCCAACCCUCAAAUGUGGCGGCCGUGGGGCAAAUCAACGGUUCAGAUUCACAACACGUCAUCUCCAUCCUCACCCUUCUCCUUCUCCUCCUUCAAAGACAUCCAGAAUCUCUGCGCCGACGACAACGAACACUCUCAACAACCCACAAACGCCGCCGCCAGAAGAACCUCUGCUAUUUUUCACCGCGUCCGAGUCGCCAACUCACUCCUCCGCGCCUGGUCAACUCGCCCACCCACCCAACCCCAAGAUGAAAAUUCCCCAAAACAAUCGGAGCCGUCCAUCAGCUCCAUCCCGGGCGCGGAGAAGCGCAUUGUCGUUUACUUCACGAGCCUGCGCGUGGUGAGGCCGACGUUCGAGGACUGCAGGACCGUCCGAUCAAUUCUCCGAGGGUUUCGUGUCUCGUUGGACGAACGAGAUCUGGCGAUGGACCACGGGUUCUUAACCGAGCUGCAGCAGAUUCUGGGUCAACACACUAAGUUGACUUUGCCGCGGGUUUUCAUUGGUGGGAGAUACAUAGGUGGGGCCGACGAGGUGAGAACGCUGCACGAGGCCGGCGAGCUCAAGAAGUUCGUGGAAGGCUUGCCCGCACAGGAACCGGGCGUCUGUGACACGUGCGGAGGGUACAGGUUUAUUCUGUGUGUCGAGUGUAGUGGCAGCCACAAGUUGUACACUGAGAAGAAUGGCUUCAAGAGUUGUACCUCGUGCAAUGAGAACGGCCUCAUCAGGUGCCCUUCUUGUUCAUGCGCACCACUCUAAUUUUCCCUCUAAUUUAGAAAUAACCAAAAAAAAAAAAAAAAAAAAAAUGCCCAUUUUCCUUUUUUAUUUUGAUUUGGACAUUUUUGAGUGGCAGUAGUUUUGUAGUUUUUUUGUUAUUAAAAAAAUGUUGGUGGGUGUGUAAGAAUGUGUAGGCCCAGCACAUAUGGGGUGUGCUAUGUUAAUGUCACCCAAUGGAUUAUAUGGCUUAUAAAGAUUAAUGUCAGCUAACUUUGUUUAUGAUUUUUAAA